AUGGCGAGUGCCACUCCCACGAGUCCCACCAGCCGCACAAGCCCAUCCUCGUCGUCGACCUCCACAGACUCUGAAUACUUGCCCACGCCCUCGCGCCGCACUACUUUGCCGUCCUCGUCCACAGCCUCGGUGACCUCGUCGGCCUCUGGGCCUGGCACUGGGCCUGGCUCGGCCUCCGGCUCGGCCUCGUCUGGCGUGUCUAACCCGCCCAUCCGUUCUCUCCCUCCGCUGCCGACGGGGAGCACAGGAGCGGGCAGUGGGGCAAAGGAGAGGCGCAGAUCAUUGUCAUCAUCAUCAUCAUGUGAGUCGGUGUCGUCAUCGUCGGCAUCGGACUUUUCGUCGUGGUCGCUCUCGCAGGAGGAGGUUGAGCAGCACCCGCCGGCGCCACCACCGGCCGACUCGGCGCCAUCGUCGCUGCUGCUGGCAUACUACGAGCUCGAGCUGAGUCCGCCGCACGAGCCGGUCUUCACUUCGCUGGCGGCUGGCGCGUCGCUCCCGCCGCAGUUUCACCUCUUUGCGGUUCCCAUCCCGCCGCGGAUCGAGUCGGGCGAGGCGGCCUUUACCCUCAACACGCUCACCUCGGUCUCGGGCGGGAGGAGCUGGCUGGCGACGGUGUCGAGCGGAACGUGUGUGUUUGGCUUUCUUGCUUCGGCGCCUGCGGUGCGGAUGCUGAGGACGAUAGCGGGGCAGCUCCUGGACGCGGCGUCACCGGACGCGCGGCGGGCGGUGGCGAGCUCGCUCCUCAAGUCAAUGCUUGUGGUUCCGGCACCGAUGCCAGCCCACUCUGGAGCGCUGCGGCUGACUACGCUUGCGCUCUCGCCGCCAGACCUGGCAGACAUUCUCCUUGCGCUGCUGCUGGAGGCCAAGCUUGUGCUUGUGUCGUCGUCGCCGGGGAUGCUGUCGUCUGCGGCGCUCGCGGCGCUUGCCCUCCUCGCACCUUUCCCGUGGCCAUACGUGUUUGUGCCAAUUGUGCCGGCGGUGAUGACACAGUACCUUGCUGCGCCGACGCCGUUCAUCAUGGGCGCGUCGCCGGUGACUGUGGCGGACCAGGUGGGCGACGGGGCGACGGACGUGUGUGUGGCGAGCCUCGACGGGUCUGGGCUUGCUCGGCCGCUGCCUGAUGUGUAUCUGGAGGCGCCACGGCCGCUGCGCGCGGCAGUGAUUGCGGCAAUUGUAGCGGGCUCGCGGCCCGAGCUUGAGUGUGCGGACAGGCUCCAGGCUGGUGUGCCGACGGCGCCAGUUCCCACGGUGCUGCUGUCGGCGGUCCGCGCGAUCUGGGAUCGGCUUCUCGCGGCGCUGCCGUAUGCGGUGCGCACGGUGCAGGCCAGCACAGUGCUUGAUCGCGGGGUGUUUCUUACGCUCACACUCGCAGCGGAGACGCGGGCUGACGGGAGCGGGUGGGCGUCGCCAGCACUCCUGCCGUGGCUUGCUGCUGUCUCGUCGUCGUCGCUCUUUGCGGCGCUUGUGGAUGGAAGCGCCUACCUCCGGACGCUGCCAGCGCUCCGCAACGACGUGGUAGUGCUCUCGCGGGUGAUUCCGGAGCUUUUGGCGUCGGCCGAGGAUAGCGAGUUACCGUCGGCGCCGCGGCGUGAUGCGGCGCGGGCGGUCCUGGGGUCGGCGGCCGGUCGGCUCCUCUUUGCGGCGCUUCUCUCAGCCGAGGCUGGCGGUCCGCAACCGGGCAAGGUGAGUGUGAGCGCGGCCGGGUUUGCAGCACUUGCGAGCCUUGUGGGCACGGCGCUGCGCAUUGACGCGGCAGCGGCGCACUAUGCUGGAGCACACAUGCUUAUUCCGCUGCUGACCAAGAUUGUCUCGCCGUCGCGGCAGUUCCUUCUUGAGGCUGUGGCCAAUGAUGAUGAGCUAAUGGGCGCGCUGAGUCCGCUGCUAGAGGCAAGUGAGCUGUGGGCAGCGGUCUUUGCACAUGUGGCGGAUGCCGAGGCUGCUCAACACGCAUGCACCGACGGAGCGGACGCGGGAGGGCCUGCCGACGACGAGCGCAUUGCUGAUGUGCUGUUUGGCCACCUGGCUGCGAUUGCACACGCGAUGGUGACGCUUGGGUGCACCGCAUCGGCGGUGCGGGCUUUCGCAUCGCGGGCGGCGUAUGCGGCGUGCAUCGGCGAGUCACGGGCGGCGAUGGCGCGGCAGCUUGUGGCCAACCUGUUUCGGGCCAAGACUGAGAUGGAGGAGAACGUGGUGACGGACGUCGGUGCGUUGAUAUCGGCGGGCGAGGAGACGGGCAAGGGGAAGGGAAAGGGAAAGGACAAGGGCAAGAACAAGGACAAGGGCAAGGAGAAGAGCAAGCGGCGGCGGCUUCGGCGCAAGCACAAGUCAAAGAGCGUGGAUGCAAGAGCGGGCGCGGACGUUGGCAAAGACGGAGGCGCGAGUGCGGGAGGCGUGGCCUGCGAACUGAGGACAAGACUUCAGCCAGUGGUGGAAGAGGUGCCGUCGGGUGCAGUGCCACUUGUGGGCCCUGUGGUGGGUGCUGUGGUGUGCGGAGAGCUGGCAGCGUGGGGCGGAGCAUGCGGUGGGGUUGUCGUCUCGACGCAGCCGCGGCUUGUGCUCCGUGGACACUCUGGGCCUGUGGGCGCACUGGCGUUUGCAUCGCGGGCCGGACUGGUGUCCGGCGGGAGCGAUGGGCGGCUGUGCGUGUGGCGUGCGGAUCCGGAACGUGCUGGCGGAUGGCGGGGGUUCUCUGUCUCGCAGACGAGCCACGACAGCGGUGUCCGUGCGCUGGCCUGCGUGUCGUCGCAUGCGCUGGACGAGGUUGUGGUGUCUGGCGGCGGUGACGGGGCGGUCAUCAAGUGGCAGCUGAGCGGCGACGGCGGCAGCGCCGAGUGGGUGGUGACGCCGCACGGGCGGCUUGCCGGCGGCGUCCGCGAUCUUGUGGUGCUGAGCGGAGCGGGGCUUGUCGUGUCUGGCGGCGGCGACGGCCAGGUGGCCGGGCUCUCAGUUGCGAAUGGGAGUGAGGCGUGGCGCGUGGAUGUUGCGGACGGAGCGGCUGUGACGGCUGUGGCAGGGACGGACGACGGUGGGCUUGUUGUUGCCGGCGAUGUCCGCGGCGGGUUUGUGGUGCUCUCCGGAAGCGACGGAACCAUUGCGGCGCGUGUGGAUCUCGGGUCCGGGGCAGCGUGCGUGGACGCGGUCGGGAGCAUGUGGGCGUGCGGAACGCAUGGCGGGACAAUCGUAGUCGGCUCUGCGUCUGGCCUCCUCGCCACAAAGCGCGUGGUGGCCGAGUCGGGCUCCGGCGCCGGGGUGACUGCGCUCAGUUGGGUGAGCGCAUCGCGGCUGGUGGCGGCUGUCGACGGUAGCGUCCGGAUGUGGAGCGUGGGCGGCGGUGGGGUGCUUGACGAGCUCGGGCGGCCGGCGCUGCACUCGGUCUGUCCCGGCGGCGGUGGCGUUGUCUGGGUAGGGGUCGGCAGCGGGGGCAUGGCGUGGGGCGAUGCUGGCGGCGGCGGCGGCCUGGCUGAGGCCGUAGAAGGAGGCCGGGUGGGAGAGGUGGUGAGGCGCCGGCGGAGGCGUAAGACCAAGUCGCGGACCCCGAUCUUGGAGGGUGUUGAGUUUGGCCUGUAAAGUUAGCUUCCCU